AUGCCAGAUUACUAUGACGGAAAAGCUUCAAAACAGGAGGAAACUAACAAUUCAACUGGGAAUGGAUCUAGAGUUUCGAAGUUUGAUUCCAACAAUUUUGGUUUAGAUGUUGCUUCGCUGAAGAUUAUUGAACUAUCCAAGAAGAUAAGAGAAUUGAAUGCUGCACUUGUCAGCGAACGAAACAAAUGUAAUAAUCUACACCAAGUAAUCAGGAAGCUAGAAUCAAAUUCCACCAAUUCAUUGAACAAGGAACUUGUCUGUCAUUUAUGUAAACGAAAUAAAAUCGGAUCUCUCGAUGAAAAAAUUAAAGUAUAA